GCAAGUGCCUGACAGUUAGACACCCGGCCUCAUGCUUCGGUCGCAGCUUGGUUUGGGCGCCCCCGUGUAGAACGCCCCGUCGCAUCAGGAGGGAGAUCGCCCGGCCAGCGGUCGGCGAUGGCUCGGAGCCCCUGCGACCUCCGCCUCCUCCUCCUCGUCGCCGCCGCAGCCUUCAUCUACAUCCAAGUGCGCCUAUUCGGUACCCAGUCUCAUUGCGCCGACCGUCUUGCAGAAUCAGAAAAAUCUGAAAAUCAAUGCACCAGUCAAUUAAAGUCCUUGAUUGAUCAAGUCAGCAUGCAGCAGGAGAAGAUUGUAGCACUGGAAGAGAUGAAGAUACUGCAAGAUGAAGAACGUGCACAGCUGAAAAUUUUGAUCGAGGAUCUUGAAAAAAGGAGUGUGCAGAACUUACUAAACAAGAAUGUGGUUCCUGUUGCUGCUGUUGUCAUAAUGGCUUGCAAUCGACCAGACUAUUUACAGAGAACAGUUGAAUCUAUCCUGAAGUAUCAGACAUCAGUUGCUUCAAAGUUUCCGCUUUUUAUAUCUCAGGAUGGAACAAAUGGAGCAGUGAAAAAGAAAGCUAUGGAGUAUAAACAAAUAACAUAUAUGCAGCAUGUGGAUCUUGAACCUGUGCGAACUGAAAGGCCAGGAGAAUUGACAGCAUAUUACAAAAUUUCUAAACAUUAUAAGUGGGCCUUGGAUGAGUUAUUCAUUAAACAUAACUUUGCUCGAGUAAUCAUUCUGGAAGAUGACAUGGAAAUUGCCCUGGAUUUUUUUGACUACUUUGAGGCUGCAGCUAAAUUACUUGAUAAUGACAAGACGAUUAUGGCUGUUUCUUCUUGGAACGACAAUGGGCAAAAGCAGUUUGUUAAUGACCCAAAAGCUCUUUACCGCUCGGAUUUCUUUCCUGGGCUUGGAUGGAUGUUAACAAAGUCCACUUGGAUUGAACUGUCACCGAAGUGGCCCAAAGCUUAUUGGGAUGAUUGGGUGAGGCUAAAGGAGGUACAUCGAAACCGGCAAUUCAUUCACCCAGAAGUCUGUAGAACAUACAAUUUUGGCAAGCAUGGAUCAAGCAUGGGACAAUUCUUCCAACAAUAUUUGGAACCCAUUAAGUUAAAUGAUGUUCAUAUUGACUGGAAUUCUGAGGAUCUGAGCUACCUUUGGGAGGAUAAGUUUUUAAUCCAAUUUGGAAAAGAGGUGGUUAGUGCCACACCACUCCAUGGAUCCGAUGCUGUGUUGAAAGCCCACAACAUGGGUGCGGAUGUAAGGAUUCAAUACAAUGAUCAGGAAGACUUUGAGCGGAUAGCUCGUCAAUUUGGAAUAUUUGAAGAAUGGAAGGAUGGCAUCCCAAGAACAGCUUACAAAGGAGUAGUAGUCUUCCGGUACAACAGUAGUCGGAGGAGAAUAUUUCUCGUCGGCCCAGAUUCUCUUGGUCAACUUGGGGUGUAGCAGCGUUGAGAUGGUAAAUAUCGCCAUGGAGCGAGUGGUGAACCCUUAUUUUUUAUCAAAGUUUGGAAUGGCACAUACUGGCGGAUGCCAUUAUUGAUUUCAUUCAGGAUGGAGCAACUGGGAUGCAUGGCGAAGAAAUUCUUGAGAAGUGAUUGCCUCCAAGGUAAUGGAGUAAGAGAAGAACAGGCAUGGUUUAUGGGAACAUUUGCAAGAUCUAGAGCAUUAUUAUUUGCCUGCAUCCAUAAAUGUUUAGAUAGAGAGUUUUAGCCUACAGUGUAUUUGGAUUUACCGUUUACAUGAUGCUGUGGUACACACGUAGGAGAAUGUAGCAGCAGCUCACUAGUUGACCUGACACACUCUUUCGGGUAAAAGAAAGGUGAUUUAUGACACAAAAUUUUCUUGUGAUGCUGAUCUUGGUGUGAAGGAGUCCAAUCCAUGUAUAGGGGUGUAAUCGGAUCGGAUAUAGAUAUAUAUAGUUUAUUUUGUAUUUUA